ACCCUCAAUUUAUUUCAAGAUCACACCUUAUAUUUUUUAUUUUUUACUUUUUUACAUUACAUUCUUGUUCUUGAAGUUCUGUAAGAAAUUUAUAACUAUGCCUCGAACUCGAGAAAACCCACCUGCAGUUCGUGUUUAUACAGUCGCUGAUGAAUCAAAAUAUUUGAUAGUGAGGAAUGUUCCAGCUUUAGGGUGUGGUGAUGAGUUGCUCAAAUUGUUUGGCUCUUACGGAGAAGUUGAAGAAUGUAAACCAAUGGAUGCUGAAGAGUGUGAGGAAUACACUGACGUUUUCUGGAUUAAAUUCUGUCUGGUCAAUAAUGCUAGAUUUGCCAAGAAGAAACUAGAUGAGCAUGUCUUUUUCGGGAAUCGGCUUCAAGUAUCUUAUGCUCCGCAGUUUGAAAGCCUUUCUGAUACCAAAGAUAAGUUAGAAGGCAGAAGAAGGGAAGUUCUUGCUCGACUGAACCCUGGAAUUUCUAAAAGACCGAAAACCCAGAACCACAUUCAUUCGGGUGAGCCUUUAUUGCAUGGAACUUCAUCAGAGACCAACAACUAUGCAACCCCUACAGUGAAUCCCAGAGAAAGGGACCUUAAAGUGUCAACAAAUAAUUCUUACCAUCAAGAUUCCUCUCCUAGCAUGUUAGUUACUUCAGACGAGGCUUAUUUUCCAUCUCAAUCGAUGAACCAGACGGUCCAGUUAGUCAGGGAAAAGCUUCAUAAGAUACAAUCAAGUGCUGACCAUCUAGAAGCUGGACUCUCCAAGAAACCACGGGUAGAUAACAGAAGAAGAAUUUGACAGAUUCUUGAGAAGUGGAUGAGCUCUUGACUGAACUGUUAAAUAUCUGGUUUUCAGUUUAGACGCUUUUCAGUCUGCACAAUAGAAAAGAGCUUCUUUGACUUGCAAAGAAAUGCCUUAGACAAAGCCCCAGUCCGCGACUUUUGUGACAGAACUCAGAGUGCUGGAAAACUGAAGUCGAGGUGCCAUAGCGCUAAGCAUGGAAUCCAGUUACUUCAACAUUGCAAGAAAAGUCGUAGUAGUUGAAGGCUUAUAUAAAACCAAAUAGCAUUGAACACAACAGUGAGUCCCGAUCUUUAGAAGUUUUGGAGGUGUGACAGCGACUAUCGUUUCUUCUCAUAAUUUGUUGAGCAAAAUUUCUUGUAUAGAUGAUAGUCUUUUUGUCUGUAAUAGUGACUAAAAUUUCUUUUCA